AUGACAGGACAUGAGGGAGAACAAAGAGAAUUGUUGCUUUUCACAGUUUGUGUUCUGUUAAGCUCACCCACCGUACUUCUCGCGCCAUCUAGUGAGCGGCGCUUCAACGCAUCAACCGUUUGCUACUGGCCAGGCGGUUACCCUACGUUACCGACCGGGCGGGAAAUCUACAGGUUUUUUUGUUACCAACCGGUGACGCAAGAAGAAGAGGGGAUGAUGGUGCCACGAGAGACAGACAUUGUUGUUCACGUAUAUACAAAGUAUUGUACCCUACAUUUUCUGUUAUAAACCUUCGUAAAGCGAAGAACGUAUAGUUAUUUCAUCGGUAAACCCUCCGAGUGAGUGCUUUACA